AACAGUAACUCUGUUCCGGAAACGCCUACGACCCAAUUGCCACGUCCUCCAUGUUUGCAUCGAUACGAAAGCGUUACUGAAGCAAAUUCACUUGGAAUAGGGGCAUUAAGAUGGGGAACAUUUUCCAGAAAAUGUUCCGUUCCUUAAUGGGAUUGAAAGACAUGCGAAUUCUCAUGGUUGGACUCGAUGCUGCCGGAAAAACUACUAUUCUAUACAAACUGAAGUUGGGAGAAAUUGUGACAACAAUCCCAACCAUUGGUUUCAAUGUUGAAACCGUUGAAUACAAGAACAUCAAUUUCACGGUAUGGGAUGUAGGCGGUCAAGAUAAGAUCCGGCCGUUGUGGAGACAUUAUUAUCAAAACACCCAGGGUCUUAUUUUCGUUGUUGAUAGCAAUGACAGGGAGCGAAUUUCCGAAGCAAGGGAAGAAAUGAAUAGAAUGCUCAACGAAGACGAGCUCCGGGAAGCUAUACUCCUCGUAUUCAGCAACAAGCAAGAUUUACCGAAUGCGAUGAAUGCCGCAGAAAUAACCGACAAGCUUGGACUCCACAGUUUGCGCAACCGCAAAUGGUACAUUCAAGCUACUUGUGCUACCAGUGGUGAUGGCUUGUAUGAAGGUCUAGAUUGGCUGUCCAAUACAUUAAAGAACUCGAAAAAGUAAAUCAAACGAAUGAUGCUUGAUAAUGAUUAGACAUUUGUACACAUGAAGAAAAACUGUGAUGCAAUGAGAUGAUCACCAGUGGAUGACAUUAGUAAUAUUCUACACAGUGCAAGAAAACAGUAAAUACAAAGAUCUAAACUUUGCUGUCCAUUUUAGCCUUGUUCUCAUCUCCUGUUUUUCUUUUGAAGUGGUGUUGUAGAAACUGGAAUAAUUAUUUAGAUUAUACUGUAGUGUGCUCAAUUUUCACUUUAGCAUGAACGUUAACAAUGUUGAGGGUGUUGCCCAUCCUGUGUGAUGGAUUGAAUGCCGGUUUAGUGUUAAAAUACUUCUAGUAUUUGUAAUUCAAAUCAAUGGAUUCAUUAUGGCUCUGAAAUUUCUUGUACAUUGGUUGUAAACAUGUGUCGUCUAUUGUAGACAUUCAAUCACUACAUCUUGAAUACUGUAAUUAUGACAAUAACAUUCUCAUUUCCUUGAGAACGUUGGUUCCAAUUAUCACUAUUGGGUCCAGUUAUUUUACCUUCGAAUCGUUGCAAAUAUUCAUUUUGUUCACUCUUGGAAAGUUAUGGAAUAUAAUGAGUGUUGUCUCACUAAACAGAUUGUCAAUUCUUUCCAUUGAGUUUUAGAUGUAUGUAAUGUUCAAUUGGAUUGUGUUGUGGAACAUACACUGGUAAAUAUUAUGUAGACAGGUUUAAAAAAUCCUUAAUUUUAUUCUUCAUAUGAUUGUAUUUCAUGCUGAUGUCUCGUUGUAAAACAUUAAAAAUAUUCCAUUUCA